GAUAGAUUCACUGCAAGUAAAAUGGCGGGCAAAGCAGAAAGCACGACGAGGAUGGAACAAGUGCCUUCAAUAGCAUCCGCUCCAAAAAAACCUAAAGGUUAUCCAAUACAAACUAUGGAUAGAAACUCUCCACCGGAAAUGAAGAAUUCAGUAUUUCUCUUGAACAAGACAAGGGCUGGGAAGGAGAUCUGCGGACGAGGAGCUUGAUUGGUGUGGGGCAGUGUGAUGGAGGCCUCUAUCGAAUGGGUGCAGUUGCAAGGAAGGCGUUGAUGACAACACCGGACGUCUCCAUUUGGCACAAAAGAUUAGGACAUGCUUCUGAGGCAAAGUUACAUCGAGUUGAUUUUUUGGCUGAUUUUACUUUCAAAUUAAAGGAUAGAGUUUGUGAUUCGUGUGUAAAAGCCAAACAUACCCGUUUAUCUUUUGGGAAAAGUUCUAUUAAAACCAGUGAGUGUUUUGAUUUGCUACAUUGUGAUAUUUGGGGAAGCUAUCGCAUGCCCUCUCUCUCAGGAGCUCGCUACUUCCUUACUAUUAUUGAUGACUAUAGUAGAGC